ACCUACUCUUGCACUCUGGAACUCAUCUUCAUCCUCAUGCUCGGUACUGCUUAUAUACAAUCCCAGUUUGUAAAGAUGGAUACUUCAUAGCCAGUUUACCUGAAACACCAGACUUAAUCGCUCUUAUCAUGGCGUAAGAUCCGCAGGCGCAAAGGUGGUGUGAAAGAGAAGCAGGUAGAUAGUGCAGACGAUCAGAGAUUCAGAAUGGAGUCAUCAACCUCCCACGAAGUUCACAUACUCGAGAUGUCGACAGAUGACCUUCCGCUGGCCGCGCCGGGCAAGGAGGUCAGCAAGCAGGCCUGUGGUGGUGCGAGGUGCGGCUUCUCCGACAGCCACAGCCGUUCCAAACACGCUAGCGAGCGGUCCACCGCCGCGAGGAAGCUCUGGAUGGCCAUGGUCCUUUGCCUCGUCUUCAUGGGAGCAGAAGUCGCCGGAGGGAUCAAGGCCAACAGCCUCGCCAUCCUAACCGACGCCGCCCACCUGCUGUCCGACGUCGUUGCCUUCGGCAUCUCCCUCUUCUCCCUCUGGGCUUCCAGCUGGGAGGCCACCCACCGCCGGAGCUACGGCUUUUUCCGGGUGGAGAUUCUAGGCACCUUGGUCUCCAUACAGCUCAUUUGGCUCAUCACCGGCAUCCUGGUCUAUGAGGCCAUAUACAGGCUCAUACACGGAAACGCAGAGGUUCAUGGCCUUUUGAUGUUCGUUAUUGCUGCAGUAGGCUUGGUUGUGAAUCUGGUCAUGACUUUCUUGUUAGGACACAGCCAUGGUCAUGGCCAUGGACAUGACCAUGGUCAUAGUCAUGACGCUCACGGCCAUGGCCAUAAUCAUGAUCAUGAUAAUGAGGAAGGAGGGGACAACCACCACCCUGAGCCUGAGGAAGAUCCCCAUAGAUCGAGGAGAGUGAAAUCUGUAGGUGCUGCUACAGAGAAACCGAAAAAUAAGAAGAGGAGGAGGAGGAAUGUGAAUGUUCAGAGUGCCUAUCUUCAUGUCAUCGGAGAUUCGAUUCAGAGCGUUGGGGUGAUGAUCGGCGGUGCCAUCAUCUGGUUCAAGCCCGAACUGCGGAUCGUCGAUCUCAUCUGCACCCUCUUCUUCUCGCUGGUCGUUCUGGCAACGACGAUUCGGAUGCUGAUGAGCAUCCUGGAAGUGCUGAUGGAGAGCACGCCGAGAGAAGUCGACGCAGGGAGGCUAGAGAGGGGGAUCCUUGACAUGGAGGAGGUGGUCGCCGUUCAUGAGCUCCAUGUUUGGGCCAUCACGGUGGGGAAGAUUCUCAUGUCAUGCCAUGUGAAGAUCAAACCAGAGGCAGACGCAGACGCUGUCCUCAACAAUGUCAUUGCUUACAUUCAGAGAGAACACAGCAUCACCCAUGUGACCAUUCAAGUUGAGCGUUAGAAGACAACUGUGUCAUUGAUGAUGGCUGUUGCUGUCUGGCUUUUAUAUAUUGUGCAAAGCCAUAUGCAGCAUUGCUUUCACAACCAUACACAUGGUGAGCCAUACAUAAUCUUUUCACCUUUAGCUGUCUCUGUUAAGCUUUCCCGCUUGUUGUUGUAAGAACAUAAGCAGAAGAGCCACUCCUAGCAAUGCCUCUCAAUUUGGGUGCAAAGAUGCGCUCUUGCAUGUGGGAAGCAUACUCGGAAGUGGAGUUUUAGGCCUUAAAUUAUAAUUUUAUAGCUUGAAAUGUGUGUCUUUGUCUAAUCGUGAGUCUUUUUAACGCACCAUUUCUACUGCCAAUUUGGUUUCAUAAAUGUUUGUUUGAGAAAGAACUCAGUGGUUUGUAGAUUUGAGAAUCUGACUCUAGGAAUCCAACUUUAUGUCUU